UGUGCGAUAGAGGAUAAUGCCCCGUUCUCGUCGCCAUCUUGUUUGUUGUUGUUGGCCGGCGGUUCAAUCAUGGCGAUGCAUGCUAAAGCGACUCCACCACAGAUCCCCGACACCCGCCGUGAGCUCUCGGAGCUCGUGAAGAGGAAACAGGAGCUUGCGGAGACGCUGGUGAACCUGGAGAGACAGAUCUAUGCGUUCGAAGGCAGCUACCUGGAGGACACGCAGAUGUACGGCAACAUCAUCAGAGGAUGGGACCGCUAUCUAACAAACCAGAAAAACUCCAACAGUAAGACAGACAGAAGGAACCGAAAGUUCAAAGAGGCGGAGCGGCUCUUCAGUAAAUCCUCCGUAACAUCAGUGGCGGCCGUGUGUGCUCUCGGUGGUGUCCCUGAUCACAUGAAUGAAAAGCGCGAGGCAGGCAGCGGCACCGAGAGCGACGCGUCUCCGGACCUGCAGAACCAGGAGAACGAGCCGGGUCAGGAGGAGGCGGAGGACGCGGACGGAGCGCUGCAGGACCUGAAGCCUCAGAAAGCCGCCUCGUCCUCCAGCUCCACCAACACGGGUCACCACAGCAGCCACAAGAAACGCAAGAACAAGAACCGACACAGCCCCUCCGCCAUGUUCGAUUAUGACUUUGAAUUUGACAUGAAGAUGAAUAAAAAGCCCAGAGCGGAUUAUUCAGCCUGAUGCUGAAGAUGGAGUGUGUUGGACCUGGACGAUAUCCACCAUCUCAACACACACACACCCACACAGGCUGUGUUUGUUCAUCAUCACUCCCAUCAGCCGUUUUACUAAAUCCUAGUGCGUGUGAUUAUAAGCUCCUUUUUCCUCCUCUGCUUUUCUUCUUUUUCUUCUUCUUCCUCUUUUUCCUCUUCCUUCUCUGCUUUCCUUCUUUUCCUUCUUCUUCUUCCUCCUCCUCCUCUUGCUCCUCUUUUUCCUCUUCCUUCUCUGCUUUCCUUCUUUUUUCUUCCUCCCUCUCUUUUUCCUCUUCCUUCUCUGCUUUCCUUCUUUCUUCCUCCUCUUCCUCUUUUUCCUCUUCCUCCUCUGCUUUCCUUCUUUUUCUCCUUUCUCCUCCUCCUUUUUCCUUUUUAAUUCUUCCUCUUUUUCCUUCUUCCUUCUUCUUUUUCUCUUCCUCUUCCUCCUUCUCUUCCCGUUCUCCUUCCUGCCCCCCCCCCCCCCAUCUCCGUUUGGUUUCCUUCACCAUCACGUCAGCACAUCUGGACCGUCCCCUCGGUCCACUCUGCAUGUGAAGCCCUCUCCCCGUUUCGUUUGCGUAUGUAUUGGCACCCCUGCAUGUUCUGUUGGUCCUGCAGCGGGUGAGGAACACGUUUUUAACGCUCUGCUCCCUCACAGACGUAUUUUCACGGUAUCAGACUGUCCGUAUUUAUGAUGCUCCUUUUGUGAAUUUUUUUUGUUGUUGUUUUUGCAAAACCAGUUACUUUUGUAAGGAGAACCAUGUCGUCAUUCCCAUUGUUGGUUUUUACUCUGUGUAAAAAAAAAAAGAUUAAAAAAAAUAAAGACCAAAUCAGCUGUUUAUUUA